AUGAAGUUCAUUGCCACCGCCGCUGCCCUCAUUGCCUUGGCCUCGUCUGCCACCGCCGCCUUCUCUUCCUGCGGAUCCUCUUCCGACUCGUUCAACCUUGGAGGCAUCUCCUACGCCCCCAACCCCCCCAAGGUGGGCCAGAACCUCUGCAUCACCUUGAACGGAUCCCUCAGCAAGCCCGUCACCGCCGGUUCCACCAUUCGCGUCACUGCCACCUUCUGGGGAAUCAACGUCUACGAUCAGACCGCUGACUUGUGCACCGGAUUGGUCGGAGGUGCCAACCCCUGCCCCAUCGAAACCACCACCACCACGGUCACCCAGUGCAUCACCGUCCCCUCGAACGUCCCCGCCGGUGUCUCCCUGACCCUCAAGGCCGUUGCCACCAACGCCGAUGCCUCUCGCAUCUUCUGCAUCAACGGUCCCUUGACCUUCUCCAACUAA